AUGAACUACCCGAUGUAUGUUGGCGAGUACUCCGAUGAUCGUACAGGCUUCGAUGAGGAGGUUGACGAGGAAGUCAUACCGUGGAUUGUGUGGUUCUGCGAAAUGAAGAGCCACGAGUUUUUCUGCGUGGUGGACAGGGACUUCAUUGACGAUGAGUUCAACCUUACCGGUCUUUCCUCCAUGGUAUCCUUCUACCACUAUGCGCUCGAUCUGAUUCUGGACCUCGAAACGCAGAGCAGCUCCCGGCUGACGGAAGAACAACAGCGGCUUGUGGAGUCCUCCGCCGAAACGCUUUACGGUCUCAUCCACGCCCGCUUCAUCACGACACCGCGCGGUUUGAAGCUUAUGGAAGAAAAAUUUGUCGAAGGGGAGUUUGGCCGGUGCCCCCGAGUGUUUUGUGGCGGCCAAGCGGUGUUACCCGUGGGCCAGAGUGACGUGGUGCGCGAAAGCUCAGUGAAACUCUUCUGUCCAAAAUGUCAGGACAUUUAUUAUCCGCGGUCCUCACGACACCGCGCACUAGACGGUGCCUUCUGGGGGACAACGUUCCCACACCUCUUUCUUAUGCAUCUCAGGGAGAAUGGAAAGGUGAUUGGGCGCCCCAAGCAGCAAUAUAUCCCUCGUAUCUACGGCUUUCGGCUGCACAACAAGGAAAAGUGCGUUCGCGACGAAGAUGUGGAGCGGGCCGGGAGUGUUGGCGGUGGUGCUGCAGGCGCCGACGAGGGAGAUGCCGAAGAAGAGGAAGAACAAGAGGAAGAGGAGGGAAGUCACCACCAGCAACAAAUUGGUGGGGAGGGCAGUACACGACAAAAUACACCCAACUCUCGUAAGGGACGGAGUGGCGCUAGGGGGCCCAGAGGAGAGCCUGAGGAGACACCAAAGAGAUAA